UUUGAAAUGGGUGAAAUUUCAGUUGGCAAACAGUUGAAUGUGGUGAAUGUUUGUGUGACUUUUCCCCAUUCUUUUUUCCUCCAUUUUCUGGCAAUUUUGGGACUUUCGGGGGCGCCUUUUUGGUUCAUUCCUGCGCGGGGGCAUCUCCUGCGCGAUCUGGCGCGUGAUUUUGAUGUUGUAUCGUAGCGAGAACGGGUGAAACGAAACGAAAAGUGUGAUGUUUAACUAUGGCAAUAUGAUGACCGAUUUCCGGAAGGUGGAAUCCUCCUACUCGCCAAAAUCUUCCCCGCGUGGCGGUAGAUCGCAGGACUCCUCCGGCACCCUGAAGACAACCAUCUCGCUGGGGAAGAAUCCCUCCAUUGUGCACAGCGGUCCCUUCUAUCUCAUGAAGGAGCCUCCGAGUGAGUGCGCGCGCCUUCCGGACGCGUUUGCAGCCUCUCACGUCAAUUUCUUCCUCUUUCCAGGCGAGUGCGGCGUCACGGGGGCGACAAAUCUCAUGUCAUACAACAACUUGGAGCACUCCUACAGCAAGUACAGCGGCAAGAAGGUGAAGGAGCAGCUGUCUUCCUUUCUGCCCAACCUCCCGGGCGUGAUCGACGGUCCCGGACAGUCGGACAACAGUUCGCUGCGCAGUGUGAUCGACAAACCGCCCAUCGUGGGCAAGGAGCUGCUCUCGCUCACCAGUGUUCAGCUCGCGGGUUUCAGACUGCAUCCGGGACCACUUCCUGAGCACUACAGAUACUUGAACACAGCACCCGCCAAGAAGCACAAGAACAAACACAAGAAGCACAAGCACAAAGACGGCUUGACGCCCCAGGAGUCCGUCAUAGAUGCUGCUGGUCUUGAUACUCACGAGAAGAAGCACAAGAAGCAGAAGCGGCAUGAGGACGACAAGGAGCGGAAGAAGCGCAAAAAGGAGAAGAAGCGCAAGAAACAGCGGCACAGUCCAGAGGAGCAUCCGGGAGGCGCGGUUCUGCCGCAGACGCAGAUCUUCUGAGGCAGAAUCUCAGCCUAAUCCAGCCACAAAACUGGCGUGUUAAUUUAUAAAUGUGAAGAGACGCGGAUAUAUAUUUAAUGCAAUUUCAUUAGGUUAAGGAUGAGGGAUAGCAAAUGAAGUAAAAACACAUAUAAAAUCUCUUUGUAUUCCAAGGACAGCGAUGAAUAGGAUUCUGUUAGACUUUUUUUUUCCUUCUUAAAUUAAUACGAUGAAAAGAAAACCCUUUGUUUGUUUUUUUUUGGAGAAAUGAUUUUUCAGCACUUUUAUUUCUUUCACUUCUUAUGAAAUUGGUUAUAAUUCAUUUUUUUCUGCAGUUUUAUCUAUUUAUAAAAAAAACCAAAUUUUAUUAACUCGAAAGCCUUUUAGCAGAAGUAGAUGAGAACAAAACAAUUGUAAAACAAAGAAAUCAGAAGCAACAUAAGAAAUCAACUCAGAAAUUUACAAAUUCGUGUGCCUUUAAGACCAAAUUCAUGUGUUUCUUCUUUUAUUCCAUUAAUAUUUAUUGCUGAAAGUAAUGAUAAUAAUCUGUGCUCCAUUUUCUCUACCAUGAAUAAUAGUUUUCCCCGAAAAUGUUAUACAACACAAAGGCUCUGUAUUGAGAUGGAUGGUACUUCCAAGAGAAGAUUGUCUUAUAAAAAAAAACAUAGUAUUGCAAAAUGUGUGGAAAUAAGUAGUUUUUAGAGAUAAAAAAAAAGAACGAAGCUUUCUCAACUUGGUUAUCUACAAAAUUUGUCUCAAAAUAAUUACCAAAAAAAAUAU